AUGGAGGCCCCUGCUUCAAGCCCUCGGCCCCGAAUUUUGGGCCGCUCCCCCAUGUUCUGCUUUUUCUGGAGCUUGGUAGGCAGCAAGUGCAGCCCGGAGAGCUCAGACAAGGCCUUGCGGAGGGGCUGGUCGUGGCCCCUGAGGGGGCAGGACGCCGUCCCCGUGAUGGCCGACCGUCAGGGACAAGCUGGGAGGAGGGAGUCCAGGCCUCCCGCCACGCUGCCCUUCGCCCGCCCUGGGGCCCUGCCGCGGCCCAGCCCCUCGGGGCUGGAGAUGGGGGACCCGGGGGCCCAGACUUGCCCCCCCGAGGAGGUCCUGAAGGUCAUGGCUCAGGGCGUUGAGGUGAAGCCAGUCCUGCCCAGAGGAAGCCAGGAGGUGCUGGGCCACUUGUCUGAGCUGGAGGAGAGGGAAGAGGCGGCCACAGGGGAGGCCUCAGGGAAUACGGGGACCUCAGAAAGGGGCCACUCUGCCCAGGCCUCGGCGGCGGUGGAGCCAGGAUGCGCGCGGAGGGCCCUGGGGCCACUGGAGUUCAGCCCCGAGGCCUUCACGAGGGAAGAGGAAUGUCUGCUCGAUGGUGACCCAAGACUGGCCUCCUCCAAGGUGGGGGCAGCUCCCUGGAACCGCCUCCUCGGCUUGUACAAGCGGCUCCAGAAAGGGGCCAUGGCCAAGUCCCCUCUCAAGGAAGGCCUGCCCCGAGAAGAGCCAGGCGAGGAAGAGGAGGCGGCAGCGGAGGAAGACAGCGCCCUCAAGCUCUGCGUCCCGGGCAUCGUCACCCUCCAGUCCCCGCUGCAUAAGGCCUUCAGGUCAACGGACACAGUUGGUUUUGUGGAGGCGGAGCUAAAGAAGCUUCUGGUCGUUCAGCGGGAGUCUCGCCUCUGGAAGAUGGGCGGCUAAGACAGCCAGGAGCUGCUGACCCAGCCAGAGAUCACCCUGGAGGAGGCGGGCGUCGUGGAUGGCCAGCACCUGCUUCUGGAGGAGAUGGACGAGAUGGGAAACUGGCCUCCAGAGUGAAGCCAGCGCCGCCCGGGGUCCCUGCAGGCGCGGAGGGAUGGAGCCCCGCAUCUCAGGGCACCUCCAGGAGCCCCUGGGGCCAAGGAGCCUCAAGAUAACCUGUGUCUGCACAUCUGCAGGGUGGGCCUGCCUGGCAGACUGCUCCCACUCGUCAA